AGCGAACGGGACCUCUUCGAGUCAGUUUCCUGUGGUUAGCUUUUCCCUCGCGUUCCCAAUCGCUUCCGGUAGGUUCCAUCGAACCGAUGUUGCGUUACCAACGCGUCAAUGCUGGCGGUUUGAAAGAUACGUGUUGACUCCCUAUGACGGCGGCGGGAGAGGCCGAUCCGGUCCUCCAGGCUGCUGGCUUCGCCGUCUGCGGCGAGGACGAAGGCGCUGAUGACGAGGAUGGCAGUCUUUGCCCUCCCCCGCGUGCUUCGGUGUGCGGGGGAGGGGACCCGAGACUACCAGAGGGGCUCGGAGUUCGAGCCAUGCCUUUGGAGCUUUGGUCGUUCGAGAAGGGCUCUGUAAGCGCUGGAGUUGGUUUUGCCUGUGCACGAGAUGUGGCAAAAAGCCUGCUGUACGCGAACCUCAUGUCAACCGGGGAGGAGCCAGGCACAGAUGCUAUGAAAAGUGCCAUCCGCACGCUUUUGGACUUGGCAGAGGCCUGCAGUACCAACAAGAUCAUCAUGGGUCUCAGUCCGGAACACGCCAGCUGCGAAUGGCUGGCGUGCUCACUUCUCCGGCUCGGUUUUCAGGUCAUCUCAUUGCGCAAGUGCCCCGAGUUGAACGCAGCGCUGUCGCUGGAGUUCGACAUGGGCCCACCUGCGCCGCUUCCAAGAGGAAACGUGAUCUCCUCCUCCGACUACACUUGCAGCGGCACCUCCGAGUGCUCCACAUCCGCAGAGGACCAGGAUCAACCCCAGUGCGAAUCGGAGUGUCAAGAUAGCGACUAAAGUCUCCACGGGCCUCGUCACAGCCUUCGCUGGCAGCCCUGUGGGCCUUCAGGCCUUUGCUGGUAGUGGCACAGAAGUUGCCUGGUUGCGACCUUGCCUGCUAUAAAUGAAUUGUCUCGCCGGGCUGCGAGGCGCCCAUGGCGUGGAGCAAGGGCAGACCUGAGGGGAUGCACUCCACGGCAGGUUGGGUGACUCGUUGUUCGUCGUGGUGAUGAUGCGAAAGCAGCCUGGAAGCACUGGGCUUCUAAUGUGUCACGUUGCCCAGCAUAAUUCGCUUCGGCGUCCUUGCGACCGCCCAGAGUAAAGCACGAAGGUGCUGCUUUCGCCCCAGACCAAACCC